CGUAAUUAGAGCCAGAGAAGAAGAAGAGCGAGCGGAGCCGGAAGGACAGAGGCUGACAGAAGGACGGAGCGGUGCGCUGCUGGGACUGAAGUGAGCUAGCUCAGGAAAGAUGCUGUCCAAUAUCUCUAAUGUGCUCAGAGCUGGCGCUCAGAGAAAUGGAGCUGCACUGGUCAUGUCAGCACGCUCAUAUGCUGACUUCACAUCCCAGGCUUCCUUUGAAAUAAAGAAAUGUGACAUCCACAAGCUGGAUGAGGCACCGGCCACGGAGGUGGUUAUGACUCGUGAUGAGGGUCUGCAGUAUUACCGCACCAUGCAGACCAUGAGGCGUAUGGAGCUGAAGGCAGAUCAGCUGUACAAGCAAAAGAUCAUCAGAGGAUUCUGCCACUUGUAUGACGGCCAGGAGGCCUGUGCGGUUGGUAUUGAAGCAGCAAUUAAUUUGACAGACCACUUGAUCACUGCGUACCGCGCCCACGGCUACACCUUAACCAGAGGAGGGACUGUGAGGGAGAUCAUGGCCGAGCUCACCGGCAGAAGAGGAGGUAUCGCUAAGGGCAAAGGAGGCUCUAUGCACAUGUACAGUAAAAACUUCUAUGGAGGAAAUGGGAUUGUUGGAGCUCAGGUUCCCCUGGGUGCUGGUGUGGCUUUGGCCUGCAAGUAUUUCGGCAACAACGAGCUGUGUGUCUGUCUGUACGGUGACGGUGCUGCCAACCAGGGUCAGAUCUUUGAAACCUACAAUAUGGCAGCUCUGUGGAAGCUGCCCGCCAUCUUCAUCUGUGAGAACAACAGGUACGGUAUGGGCACAUCAGUGGAGCGAGCUGCAGCCAGCACGGACUACUACAAGAGAGGAGACUUCAUUCCUGGUCUCAGGGUGGAUGGGAUGGAUGUUCUGUGUGUUCGGGAAGCGACCAGGUUUGCGGCUGAGCACUGCCGCUCUGGGAAGGGUCCCAUUCUCAUGGAGCUUCAGACCUACCGGUAUCACGGACACAGUAUGAGUGAUCCUGGUGUCAGCUACCGCACCCGUGAGGAGAUCCAGGAGGUCCGUGGUAAGAGUGACCCCAUCUCCCUGCUGAAGGACCGCAUGCUCAGCAACAACAUGGCCAGCGUGGAAGAGCUCAAGGAGAUUGAUGUGUCGGUGAGGAAGGAGAUUGAAGAUGCUGCUCAGUUUGCCACCACAGAUCCUGAACCCCCACUGGAGGACCUGUGCAACCACAUCUUCUACAACAACCCACCCCUGGAGGUGCGCGGCACGAACCCGUGGACUAAGCUCAAGUCUGUUAGCUAAAGUCUGUUCAUCACUCGGCCUGCCCUGUUAUAUAUAACCCCCCCCAUGCCGCUCACAUACACACACGCACCAUAUGACGUACUACAAACUGUGCCUCAGACCCUGAACCAUCAACAAGUAAAUUAAUUUCAGUGCUAUACAUUUGAUCAGCAGGGACCAUAUUCACAAAGAUGCUCUGAGAAUAAAACUAACAAAGAUUGACAUGAACACUAAUAGAUUCAAAUUGUCCCUCUAUAUCCCUUUUUAAAUUCCUAUUGUUGGUGUAAGUCAACAGGGGUUUUCAUAAACUUUUGUACUGAAGCUUUAGCUUCCAUGGGCUUGAAAGUUAUCAGUGAUGUACAUAAAUUAUCACAAUAAAAACCUUACUAAGGGCAAUGGAAAUUAGACAAACACGGCAGCGAGGAUGAUAAUUAAAUGGAUUUGGUGCUCGAAAACAACCUUAAGUGCAUUUCCAUUUCACAAGAAACUCCUGAACUUCUUUCCCAUAUUUAUUUAUUUUAUUUCCCUGUUGAGAUAUUAAACUGCUGGUCAACUCACCACAUUGUAGAACUUUAUUUUUAGUUAUUAGAAAAUAUUUUUGGCUUUGGUGUUAUCUCAACUCUUUAAGUCUUUUUUUUAAAGGGCUGUAUUUAAAGCACUUUGCAUUUUUUGUCUCAAAGGUUUUGUAAAUCUGGUCCCAAGUGAAUAUAUUUAAGAUUCUGAAUUGCUUGUUUGAUGAUCAUCUCUGGUCACUUUUGAGGUGCGAUUAAUUAAAUGUCCAUUCAUCACUGUUCUCAUAAAGAGACUGUCUGACCUGUAAAAAAAACAAAAAUACUUUGUACUCUUUACACUGAAGUGUACACGAUAAAUCAUUCUGUAUGAGUUAACUACUUCUUGUCUUUUUUUUUAGUUAUUGUAAUUCUUUCUUUAUUUAACCCCUUGUUACAGAUUCCCCAUAAAAGGCAGCAGGGUUAAAACUGUCAGCAUUGUCAAUAUGUCUUCAUAAUGAUAUGUAAGAGAGUAAAGAAUACCAAGGGAAAGGUUGCAGGUAUUUUAAUUUAUCUUGCCAAACCACACACAUACACACAUGUGCCUGGCAGAUCUGUGUUGUUUUGUGGAUGAAUGUGUCCUUCCAUGCUGGUGUCACACUCCAAGCUGAGCAAAGCGAUGAGUGAAGCGAUUUUAGUUGUCCUGAAUAUUGACAACUGAACCAUCUAUGUUGAAUGUGAACAUAAUGACUUUUUAGUCUGAGCACAUUCAUCAGCUCAGCUUCGAUAUUCACAAGAUGUCAGGUAUUACAUAUUGUUGGUUCAGCUGGGAGAGCAUCAGUAGCUUCAUGUGCCACUUGUACCGUUUGUUUCGCUCACAGGGUUACAUCUGUUCAAAUGUACAGAGAUGUGUAGACGUUUUGGAUUUGCAACAAAGCAUUGAGUGGGUAUCAGAGGGGAGUGGUCUUUCUCUGUACUGUAAUGUCAAAUAAGAAGACAGACCAAAAUACAAAUGUCAGCAUCUGUCUUGAUACGACUGAGAAGGCCUACAGAGGAACUUGUAGUAAACUGUUACAUUGAGGGUGGCAGAUGAGAAAAGGAAAUGGUCCAUGGAAACAAAGGUUUAAUGUGUGCGUGCAUUGUAAUAAAAAUACUGUAAAGUA